AUGGCGUCGCCAUAUCAGCCAUCUACAUCUUUCUCUACACCCGCUGGCUCCAACAUGUCCGCGUCCAACAGAGCUGUGCAUGAUCUACCGCAGGAUCAGGUGGAUGCGAUUAUCAGAACGAAGCGCAAGGCACGCGAGCCGAAAGCUUGCUAUCCGUGCCAUGCGCGCAAGGUCAAAUGCGAUCGCAACCUACCAUGCGACGGCUGUGUCAAGCGCGACCACGCCGAUAUCUGUUCCUACGAACGACCUAUCAAGAAACGUGCGCCAGGGAUUCACGAAAGCCCAUCUGUCGAUCACUCCGGGGUUUACGGUUAUGACGAUCACCCGGUACAUCCGAAAGCCGAACCUUCUUCGAGUCGCGCAAAUGGUGCUAGCGCUGGUGGGCGUGUGUCUAUAGCUCGCGAUGAAUGGGACAGCAUGCGGAACAGGUUGAGGGAAAUGGAGUCGACAAUCUCGAGUCUGCGUGUUGGUCUGGACCGCGUGGAGGAUGGCUAUCCACCGCCGAUAGAGGCCAGCAGUGUACAGAGUGGAGAUGCAAGCUCCCGGUCAAAAGGCGCAUCCCCCGAAGUUGAGGGGAUCCAUGCGGCAAAUACUCUCGGGAAAGGCACUGUGCACCUAGGAUCACGAUCUGUUCUGGCCUACAUCUUGAACAACAAAUCUGGAUCAGACCAGCUCCAGGCACUUUUGGAAGGCGAGAUACUCCCGAAACUGGGUCUCGAUAAUGAAUCUGCAACUUAUCCAUUUGUCGACCUAUGGUCGUCGGACAUGUCAACUUUUGACAUCAAUGCAGUCUGCAGUGCACUUCCGACGGAUCAACAGUACUCGAGCUUCAAUCGGGGGGUCUAUCGCGCGGACACGGAUGAGGCCCAGAAGCCGUUUGGCGUUAGCAUCGCAUAUUUGGGUUUGCUGUUUGCCGUUCUUGCUUCUGGAUGCCAGUCAUCAGAUCUUGCAAGUAAAGAAAGAGAAUUGACAUCCCAGGUCUAUGUGUGCUGCUCCUAUCAAUGUCUGCGGAUGAACAAUUUCUUGUCUCAACCGAACAUUGAAGCUAUACAAGCUCUCUUAGUGAUUGGAAACGUGUUAUCGUACAACAUGAACCCUGGAAUCUCAUAUGUUCUGCUUGGCAUGACUCUUCGGAUGGGAUUGGCUCUUGGUUUGCAUGUUGAUUCAAGCAGAUUCUCGUCUGCAGAGCGAUAUCGUCGACGCCACGUUUGGUGGUCUAUGGCGUGGCAAGAUAGCCACUUCUCCCUUUCCUAUGAUCGACCCUCGACCACAGCCGUUAGCCAGCCCGCCAUAGCAUACCGGGAAGGAUCAAAGCCAGGAGAAUAUUUGUAUUUCGAAUCUCUUUGCCAGGUUAUUUCCUUGGUUCUGGAGGUAGUGCGGAUCCGAAUGCUUAGUCCGCAUGCACAGAUAAGCUUCGAAAGCAUCCAAGGCUUCAAGGAAAGAAUCCAGAAGAUUAUUCUCGAUGCUAAGCCCUAUUUGCGCGACAGUCAACAUUGCGCUACCGUCACUCAACACCUCGAGCGUCUUGUGCUAAAACUUCACUCGUCAUACUUUGCAUCUGAGCUCUGCCGACCAGCACUCAAAGCGACGGCCGAUAGCAAUGAUGGACACACCGCUAGCCUGCGUGGGGACUGCAUUUUCAACUUGAUGGCGACUGUUGAGGCAUACAUUGAAAUGUAUAACAUCAGCACCCAUGCCGCCCGAUCCUGGAUUACCUUGCAACGAGCCAUCAGUUCCGCCUUCCUCUUGGCUGUCAUCGAGGAGGCCAAAUCAAACCCAAAAGUCUGGACCCUUUUGCGGCAGUUAGAGGCUAUUAUCGCGGAACGGGUCAGUGUUGAACGCGUUUAUGAUGCAGGAGAUGUCGCCGCAAAUGCUGCUACACUGGGUUCUCCAUCUCGCGGCGUCGGCACUUAUAACCCGAUCACAGGUGCCCCAAAUCCACCAGCCUCCAUUGCCCCCGUCAUGGACCCAACUUUUUCCACCGCCGUCCCUAAUUCAGAUACUCAAACGCAGUGGGCCAAAUCACUGGCGAAGACACAUCGUGCUCUCCAAAAGCUCCUCAAUGCGAUGGGCAAUCCGUCUAUCCGAUCUGACAGCGGUACCAGUGCCUUUCCCAACGCGUCUUCCUUCUCUAACCAGUCGAACACCUACCAAAAUACCUCGUUGGCUCCUCCGUCGGCUGGAAUGACACCCUCUGUCAGUUCUCUGCCGCCUCCCACACCAGAAAGUACUACUAGCGGGGAAUGGACCAUGCCGAAUAUCCUCGACCGAGCAGCAGAGUACAUUCAUCCUCCAUUGUGGGGUUGA